AUGCACUCUUAUUACUACACCACGAAUAUCUCACAGGCCUGUCAGACAGAUUUGGAAGUUAUCUUGGAGUUUCUUGAAGAGCACUGGAGACAGGAGACUAGAAGAGGGGACUUGUGGGAAAACACUAAUUCCCAUGAGCGCGCACAAAUUGUCGGUGCAGGUUAUAGUGAUGCAUCAAACCACUUGGAUUCCUUACAACUGCUUUCUGCACCAAAGACUCAACAGGAUGCAGGACACCAGCUGAAGAUGACUGGAUUUGAUCCAGGUGUGCAGUCUGGAAUGAGGGAAUCGGUAAUCCAGAGUCUUUGCACUGAGCCGGUUUUAAACCCCCUUGCUUCUCCAGAGAGGCCUUUAACUCCACAUGUAAAACCUGAGCAGAGGCCUGAAUCAUUGCCCAGCUCUACACCUGCAAGCAGAGGGAAAAGGCUGCGCCUCUUCCACUUCUUGUUUGAGAUGCUGGAGGACCCCGGAAUGGCACACUGUGUGUCAUGGGUUCCUUCUUCAGCAGGGGUUUUCCGGUUCUCCUCCACACACAAGGAGCGUGUGGCUGAACUCUGGGGCCAGCGCAAAGGCAACAGGAGGCCCAUGACCUACCAGAAGAUGUCCCGUGCUCUGAGAAACUAUAUUCACUCGGGGGAAAUCAUCAAAGUGAGGAAAAAACUGACCUACCAGUUUAGUGGAGCCACCCUCACUACAUUAAGGAAUCAGCAGGGAAAGAAAAAUGCCCUACACUGACACAAGAUAUCUUCCCUAAAGUACUGCAUAGUAGUAUGAUUCUGCACCUGCCAUAGUGACUCUAACAAAACCCUGCUUGGGUUAGCAGUUAAACCAGCUAUGUGGUCUCAGUCUAUUCUGUAUAUGACGUAUAUCAGUUCUUGAUGUUUUAAAUGAUAUCAAGCCGUUGUAUUGAAUGAAACAACCCAAGAGCAAUGUUUUAAAUAUUAGACAUUAGAUUCAAACGGUCAAGAAUGUAAAAACAAAGGAAAUUCCCUUAAACAUCUUGUUCUGUAAGGACACCUAUUGCUUCUAUG